AUGAGUUUUGGGAGUUCGUCUGAUUCGUUUCUCAACAAAUGGAGCAAGCGAAAUGCCUGGAUCAUGAACUUCGACCGCAAUGAUCAGUCGGUUCGCAUUAGCUACAUCGACUGCGGACCGCCAUCAGCCAGUGCUCCAAAAGGGAUCAUACUACUGAUCCAUGGAUUUCCGCAGUCUUCGUAUCAAUUCCGGCAUGUGAUAAAUCCUCUCGCCGAGGAGGGAUUCCGAGUGAUAGUUCCCGACUAUCGCGGGGCCGGUCAAUCAUCACAUCCCGCCCAAGAUUUUAGGAAAUCGACAAUGGCACGGGAUCUCUUUUCUCUUCUUCAUGACCACCUCGGCAUUACACAGGCAAUCCAUUUGGUUGGGCACGACAUUGGGGGUAUGGUCGCGCAUGCUUAUGUCACGCAGUAUCCCGAUCAUGUAGCGAGUGUCAUUUGGGGCGAAUGCCCGCUUCCUGGAACUUCUGUUUACGACGUGAACAAAAGAAUGCCUGAGCAGUUCCACUUUGUGUUCCACAGUGUACCUGAUGACUUGGCGCUUUCUCUGCGAUCUCCCCCUUUUGACUUGGAUUUUUACGCCCUGCAAUACUCGCAGCCGGGAGCACUACGAUGUUCCUUUGAGGUAUACCGGGCGUUUGAAGAAGAUGCUCGAGAGAACCGGGAAAGCUUGCGCCUCAAAGGGAAAUGUACGCGCCCUGUGCUCAUUCUCAGUGGUUCACAGAGCCGGCAUGCUCAAGAGGCCAAAGAAAUGGUGGGUGAAGUGUAUGCUGGCGACAUUCAGAUUGACGUGGUCAAAGACUCUGGUCACUGGAUUGCAGAAGAGAACCCGGAGGGCUUUGUGCAGGCGGCGUUGGCCUUCAUUUACAAACAUGCGUCCGGGCAGUGA